CUCACCUGAGCAGCCAACAACAUGAAGUGGUUUUUAUUCAUCGUGGUUCUCAACUUGUUGCACAAAUACGCAUAUGGUGAAGAAAUUACAAUGUUUGUCGAUAUUAAUGACACAGUUGAUAUAAGAGUUGAAAAAGAAACAAAACUAGGUUUUCUAUACAGUUGCAAAGCAUCUCAAUAUUCUGAUAAUGGAGUUCUAAUUGCAAGUUACACUUUAAUGGAACUAAAAAAUUGUCAAUUGAAUCAAAAAGAUCAGAGUGUGAUGAAGUAUUUUGAAUUUUUGGAUUAUGAUGCAUCAUGCUCAUUCACAAUUUCACCUUUUCCAAAAGAAUUUUAUGGACAUUGGAUCGUUAAUACUACGAGUGAUAUUGGUGAACAUCAAGAAGCCGUGUACAGCUAUAAAUAUCAAGAAUUUUACUUAACAAUUCCCCCAAAAGUAUUGGCAUAUUUAUUUACACUUACAAAAGAUAAUUUAUUUUUUAAAUAUAUAUUUUUAUCUAAUUUUCAUUUACAGGAAAAUAUCAGUCAUUCAACAGAUGAUCACUUUGAGUAUAAGAAUGACACAGGUAUUUCUAAAUUUAUUUAUCAUAAUAAAAUGAAAAAGUUUACAAUAAUAAUAUAUAUUUUUGUUUUUUAUGUGUAUCAGAAGAAAAUAUUACUCACAACAUUUCAUGUUACAAUGAUAAUCCAAUUACACUGA